AUGAGUUUCACUGAAGUUCAAAGACUUAAGUGUAUAGAAAUAAUCGACAAUCUACUGAAGCACCCAAUAUCUGCAAUGUUUGCGAAGCCCGUUGAUGCAAUUGCAGAUGGAGUUCCCGAUUAUUACGAUGUAAUUAAAAAUCCAAGUGAUUUUAGCACAGUUAGAAACAAACUCGUGACAUCACAGUAUAAAUCAUUGAAUGAAUUCAAGAAAGAUGUCAAUCUAAUUUGGGAAAACGCAAUCUUAUACAACUCAAAACAAUCUUUUAUGGCUUUGAUAGCUGAUGAGCUAAGCAGACAGUUCCAAAGGCAACUGUGGCAGUUAGAAAGCCCACCUACGGAGCAAUGGAUUAACGAUUUCCUAAAAGCAAGAUUAAUUAUCUGCAAACUUUUCAGAAACCCGCCAAAUGGUCUAGCAAAUUACUCAUUUUCAGCAUGCAAGUGA